CACCCAUCCACAACCCAUCCAACCACUCACACCAGACCCAACUCACCACUCAUCCCCGGCCUCUUACCCACCCCCCUCCCCCCCCUCUUCCUCUCCUUCCCAAAAGGCUAGGCCCCCCUCACCAUGUCCCUCCUUCGCACCGCCGCCCUCCGCGCCUCGUCGGCCGCCCCCCGCUUCGCGACCCGCGCCGCAUCCACCUCGUCGAUCCACGUCGUCUCGAGCCGCUCCAACGAGUCGGCCCCCCUCCUCUCCAACAUUGAGGCCUCGUGGGCCAAGCUCCCCGCCGCUGAGCAGUACGAGGUCCACCAGCAGCUCGAGGAGCUCCAGAAGAAGGACUGGAACGAGCUCACCGUCGACGAGAAGAAGGCUGCCUACUGGGUUGCUUUCGGCCCCCACGGUCCCCGUACCCCCGUCAACCCCCCCGGAAACUCCAUCCGUGUCUUCGCCGGUACCCUCGCCGCCGUCGGUGUCGCCCUCGGCCUCUUCGCCCUUGCCCGCUCGCGUGCUCCUCCCCCCGUCAACACAUGGAACAAGGAGUACCAGGAGCAGAUGACCGAGUACAUGAAGGAGCAGAAGUCGGACCCUAUCACCGGUAUCAGCUCGGAGGGCUACAAGGGCAAGGGUAUGGUCAUGGUCGACAAGUAAACAAUUUCACCGAUGGGCAGUUAUGGAGCUGUCUGUUCGUAGCGAAAACAUUUCCAGGAUGAAUGGGAUUUGCAUAG